ACUAGUAGUACAACCUCGUUCUCCAUCAGCCGAAGUAGAUUCAUCCCGACCACAUCAGACCUGACGACCACCUGUUUCGUAAAUCGCUGCACCGAUUAUCAGAUUUAAGAUGCAACUCUCGCGGGAAAUGCUGUAUGUCGCAGUGGCAUUGGUUUGCUUUAUCGGUCUGUCUUCAGGCCUUCCAACCGACAAAGAAAGAUUCCUCAACGAGCUAGACCUGGUGGACGACGACGGGAGUAUGGACACAGCCCUAAUAAACUACCUCUUCACGAAGCAAAUGGUAAAACGUCUCCACAAUCAAAUCGACAUCGGUGAUCUCCAACGCAAACGUACAUACUGGAAACAAUGCGCCUUCAACGCAGUCUCUUGCUUCGGCAAGUAAUUUUUUCCCUCUAAAAAUAAAAAGCCCGUUUAAAUAUCCCUUUGAUUUUCCUCUCGCCCCUAAUUCUAGACGUAGUGUUAUUAUUGAUGUGAUUGAACACUCGAUCGUACGUAGAACGAAGAAUAACGGAGGAAUUUAUCGAAUCAAUAUCACCUAUUUGGAAUGAAGAGUUUUUAUUCUGAAUGGAGUGAUCCACCAGUUUCCAAUCUCACCCCUAUAGUACAACCAUUCAAUUAUAAAUUCUUCGUACUCCGUUCAAUUGCGUGCACCUGAGAUAUCGAUGAGGGCGAAUAUUCGAGAGGAAAUAACGUACAGAGAAAUUUUAUUAGUGUUAAUGUUUAACUUCCUGGUGAAAAUCAAUGUAAAUUCGUUAAUAAAACACUUCCUCUGUAUAAUGCACUCGUACUACUAGAUCAAAUAACUCAGUACUGGGCAGGUGAAAAUCGAAAAUGAAUUAGCCAUAACAGACACCGUGGGGAGAGCCCUAAAUGAAAAACAAUGUUAAACAAGCACAGUUGAUCAUUCCAUUGUACAUCGUCACCACUGUUUGAUUGAAAUCAGCAUCCCCAUGCACGGGGUCCAGCACAUUUUUUUUUUUCAAUUGUUAUCCUCACUGGAAAAAUUUGGUGGAAUAAAUCAUGUUUCAACAGCACAA